AUGGACGGUUUUGCGCUGGAAGCGUAUCUGGUCCCGAAGUGUGGCUUCCAACCAAUUGUCCCCGGCGGGACGAUCCCCAAGGCGCCCAACGAAGCCGGCAGCCUAUUUACAGAGGUAAAGAAGAAUGCGAAAUAUCCAGGCCCGGAUCACUACAAGAAGGAGGGGAAGCCUUUCGGGCAGAAAGCCAAACUGGGGAUGUUUAGCCGAAUCAAUCGCGACGAGAAGGAUCCGAAGAAAAACUGGCCUUCCGUCGGCCAGUACCAAAGCACAAGCGAUGUGACAACACCUCGAACUCGCGGGGGCAUCAUGGCAAAAUCAACGCGCGGGUGCCUCAUCUAUGACCAGGCUUUGCUUCAAUGCAUUUUGGAUGAGCUGAAGCUCAAGGGGGCUUGCUCACAUACAGCAGUGCCGAGGUCUCAGUUCUUGAGCCCCGGUAAAUGCCCUGGGAUGGACGAGGAGACUAGGUCUCCGUCUGCAGCCUCGCUCACCAUCUCGCCACGGUCUCUUCGCUCGACUUCUCCAUCUGCCAGCUGUCACUCCAGCCCCCAGCCGACGCCUGCAAUGCCACGGCACCCGGUGUCAUUGGCAUUGUCGGAGCUGUUGCCACCCAGUGCUUGUCCUUCGCUGUCCGUGCCAUCUGCGCCUCCCACAGAGACCAGUGUGGUGUCAUGGCGCGUGAUCAACCCGACAGCAAAAUUCAAAGCCAGCUGCGGCUUCCCACUUGUAUCGCCACAGCUCAGCACUCCCCUCUUGGACGACUUUCGUGUGAACCUUGCCGAAGUUCAGCCAGAAACAACUCACCUUAAUUGUUCGGCAUGGUCUAUGGCGCAGUCUAAGGGCAAGAAGAAGGAGAUGGCAUGCAACAAGGCCGCACCAUUGUAUGGGUCAUUGCAGAUCAAGUUUCUUUCUGAUGAUCCGGUCAUCCGGGAUCUCAAGCUGUUUUUCACGAUCGGUUCCGUGCGCCUUGGCCCAUUCCGCACUACUCCUGAGCGAAGCACGUCAGAGCUUUGCGAGCUCCCAGUGGACUGGCGAAGGCUGGUGGACAAGACUGACACAUCCUUUGGUGUGAUGGUAGAAAUGAGCACCUGA